GUUCGGUUACAAGGUGCGGGCCACGUAUGCGUCUCUUUUUCUACGAUUAUUUCGCGGGUUUGCGGGCAUGUGCUAAUGUUGCACAGCCUCUCUUUCGCUCUUGCUCUCUCGCUUGCUCACUCUACCGUCUUCCACUGCAUUUAUAGACCGACGGCGCGAAACAGCUAAAGAACCUCGCCCCGGUUUUUCGCGCCAAUUUCACACCUCCUACUCUUCCCCACCCCGCCGACUAGUACCGACUCAAAGACCGAUAAUUGUCCAAUUUUCAUACUCUCUUGCGCCCCGUCUAUCUUUGUCUUCUUUGGCUCCUAUUCUCUAUUCUCCAUUCUCUAUUCUCCCGUCAGAGUCCUUUCCAAGCAAAGUGUCGGUGUUUCCGCGGCAAAGUCAAAAUUUCCAUUAACUCGUUACUUCGUUUUCGCGAUGUGCGCGACUUUUUAAUUACUAUUGUUUUCUCCGCCUGCUGUUGCAUCGACUGAAAUGUAAACAGCGAUAUUUCGUUCUACAGUGGCACAUGCUGGAUCGUUGAAAAAAGUGAAUCAGUGCGUGUUUUUGUUCUUUUUUCGGUGUGGCAUCUAUGUGCUAAUCUUAAUCUAAUUUUCGCACGAGCACAUGUCAUCUCUAUAAAACAACAGUGCAGAUUUAUGCAUCGUUUUGGUUGUAGCUUUCAAUUUUCUUAAUUGUAAAGUGAAUGUCGGCUGAACAGUGCGAUUACCGCUGCUUACAUAGUGCAGAAGAUACGGGUAUGGGAGUUGACUUGUAACACAGUGCAUUAUCAUCAUCGAGGUCUGAGCAAUUCAAUCCAGUCUCCCAAUAUAAAUCAGAACCGUGCUGCGAGAUCAACUCACCGUUUUCAGUGGCGCCCUUUUCGCGCGUGUUUCCUGCUUCUACAUUUCUCUCGUGAUAUGCAAGGCGGAAUUUAACAACAUGACAUGACCAAGACUAACUGACAAAGUUUCUGAAUAACAGUCAUCAAAGCGGCCCAGAAAUGACUACGUCCGGCCUGUACGCAAACUGAAAAAAGCUAUUUUCAGGUUACUGGGUAUGAAAAUUAGCAUACAGGUCGAAGCCGCAAAAAAAGUAACCUCCAGAGUACGUGCUCAUCAGCCUCGGCUUCGCUUCGACUGCUAAUUACAGAAUUGUUGUGAAAAAUCCAUUUUACUCUGUGUAAGGAGAUAAGCUGAAUGAUUUACCAUGUUGAGAAGAAUUUCGGCCUUCAAGGCCGUCAUUUUGAUGCACUUUAUCGGACUAUCGGUAGCAGGCAUACCUUCAGGUGGUAAGCCAUUUCCUGGGCUUGAAAAUCUGCCCAGGUCCUUCUGGCAUGAGCUGAGCUCUCCUUUCACCGAGGUCUACGAGGAGGAGAGCUUCGCCACGGAAACCGGAGCGACUCCAGAGCCGAGGCCUUUCUUCGAGGAUCCUGAUAGCAACAUAACUGUUCAGCUGGGAGCUCAAGUUUACUUACAUUGUCGUGUGCAGAAUCUCGAAAAGCGUAUGGUGUCCUGGGUACGAAGGCGCGGCGAAGAGCUGCAUCUGCUGACAUUCGGCCAGCAAACCUACUCAAGCGAUUCGCGCUUCUCUCUGGACUCGGAGUUGCCGAACAAUUGGCGAUUGAAAUUGAGCUCGGCAACAGAGCGUGACAGUGGAGUUUACGAGUGUCAAGUGAGUGCGCAUCCACCCCUCAUAAGAACAGUACAUCUUACGGUUUCCGUGCCAAAAGUGGAGAUCGUCGACGAACACGGCGCAACAGCUGGCGAUAAGUUUUACAAAGCUGGCAGCACGAUAGAGCUGAAGUGUGUGGUCAGUAAAGUGCCACACCCUACAGGCUACGUGACAUGGAUGCAUGGGUCCCGGACUCUCAACUACGACACGAUUCGUGGUGGCAUAAGCGUGAAAACUGACAUGGGCGCCGAAGGUGCGGUUUCGCGUCUUUACAUCGCCAAUGCCAAUAAAAAGGACAGUGGCAACUACAGCUGUGCCCUCGCGGAAGUUGCCGCUACCACAGUAUCCGUUCACGUUUUAAACGGUGAGAACCCAGCGGCGAUGCAGCAUGGGGCGAGCGAAGGCCUAAGGUCGACGUUUCUCUUGACAAUCGUUUUGACGCUCAUCUCAUUGCUAAGGUGACCACAAGGAAUCGACGAGCAGUGUACAGUACUGAGUCACUGAAGUCCAAGACAAGUUUUCAAUGUAUUCAUGCAUUAUACACGUACAUAAACACAUAUAAACGUACGGCCGCAAACUGCUCUCUCCCUGACCACAUCUACACGUAUAUAAGCGCGUAUUUGUGUAUCCAAGUUUUUUGUUACAUGCACUAAAUGGGUAUCGAUUACGAGGACAUGUACAAUGGAACAUGCUUGUUACAAAGUGAUUGUAACUAACAGAAUAAUCGACACACACCGAAACGCACAAUAGGGCAAUAAUGAUGCGUCUCAUGUGCGUAAGCGUGCCAUGUACUGAACUUGGUAUAGACAGAGUAUCUCAAAAUUGUAUGCAGUCAAGUGUAGCUCAUAAAUACGAGUAUAUAAAUUGAUGAAAUGUAUUCGUAUUAUACAUGCGACACGGCGACACACGCCAAGACGUAAACGACAUGUACAGAGCUGCGUAGGUAAUUUUCCUACGAGCAUAUUCGUCGAAUAAUUGUAUUUAUAGAAUACAUUCAUGUAUGUUGCGUAAAAAAUGCGAAUGUGAGUCGCCCUUGGCAUUAUGUAUACAUGGAAAAGUGUUCGGCUUAUGAAGAACCCAAGAUCAUUGACCACUUAUUCGUGCCACUAACAGCGCGAAUAACAAAAAUAUUUUUUGCUAAAAUUUUCAUUGACACGAUCUUCCACGUAAAACACAAUCGUUAUAGAUACAAAUACGUAUGUAUUAUGUAAAUAUUUUUAGUGCAGCAGUUUGACUGUUACCGGAGGCACUAGGUUCUUUCGUUAUUACCUUCGUAUCGUAAAUAAAGCAAAAACACCAAAGCUUCAACGAUCGGAGAUUCAGCGAGGAUGCGUCUGAACAUUAACAAGUGUCAUGCGCUCGCAAAAUGUGCGUGCGUCAAGAUUAUAAAUAUUACUGUAAAUAUAUACACAAAUAAUGCGUGAGUGCGUAUGUAAGCAGGAGUUUACUAAGUAAACUCAGCGAGAUGACUGUGUUAGGCGCGCAAAAGUAAACGAAGAUGGAGAGACCGAAAUUAUGUAUACAGUAUACACACAUCAACGCACGCAUAUAAAUACGUAUAACAUGUAAAAGUAUAAUAUGAGCGAGUUUGCCUUAAGGCUUAAUGUAAAUAAUACAAUUUCUGAUUGGAUGCCUGGAUAAAAACUAAAUAUGUUACCAUGUUUUUCAGUUUUUACCUAUUUUUACAAAGAUCAUAUAAAUCUGGGUAUAUUAUAUAUCUCUCAAACGUGCCGUAAUUUUUUACUUUUUUUUAUUUCCUCCAAAACGUGAUUAGAAUUUCGUUUGAAAAAGUUAUCGUUGAUCACGUACAUUUUAUCCUUCCUUAAAACUAUGUAUGUCUCAUACUUUAUUUAUGCUUACUUGCAUGUGCGUGAGUUUGAUACUAACUCCGUUUUUCGUAUUUUAAUUUGUUUCGUAUCUUUUGCAGAUUGGGAAAACAAAUUUCAUGUUGAACGCGAUGCAAACUACUGAAAUUCUGACUGCCGAGAAAUUAUUUAUUGCAAUUUUAAUAAUUAAGAUCACAGUUGUAUUCAAUUUACUCAUAUGCUCGUGAUUAGAAAAAUGUUUUUCUUCUUCUUGGCAUAAAAUCAGAUGAAUUCUGAUUCAUGGUUAUAAUUAAUUUUUUUAUAAAAUGAAGCCUCAUUAAAUUUUCAACGAAGAGCUGUUAUCAUUCAUCAAAAAAGCAAAAAAGGAGAAAAACAAACUAAAUUAUCUGUAUAAAAUAUCCGGCGUGAUACAAGGGGAGUAUUCUGGUAAUUGGAACGCUUUGGAUGCAAAAAAUUAAACAGCAAAACUUAAACUGUGGAGAUUUUUACAAUUUGCAUGUAUUAAUUGAAAACUAAAUCGUAAAAAUGAACUCUUUGAUAAACUAUAUGAAUAGUUUUAACUAUCACAUCUUCAUAAAUUUGAGUAAUUUUUAAAUAAAAUAAAUAGAUGAACGCACUUGAGUCCAUAAUCAAUUGUAGAAGCUAUGUCAAUGAAAUCAUAAAAAAUUUAGUUCACUAAAAUUCGUGUAGUUUUUUUUACUUUUAGAAAAACAGAGCUCUUGAAAAUCGCAUGUAUGAUUAUACUUUUAAUUUAACCAUUAUAUCCGGCCACAAAGAUCUAAUGUUAAAUAUCCUUAAAACAUUCCUUAAAGGUAUCGGGAGAGCCAAAAUGCCGCUUUCUAUUCUGUGAUUUAAUUAUUUUUUUGUAUCGAUAAUCUCUUUGCAACUUUGUAUUAAAUUAAUUUGAAAAAAUCCAUUCUGUAACAACAAUUUUAAAAUGCUUCUGUCUUCGUCAAUUUAGCUCAAAUCGAGAUGAAUUUUUUUUAGUUUUGUAGAAAAUUCUUUCUAGGUCAAGUAAUUUUGGGUGUUAAGCUAAAGAGCGACUGAAAACUCGAAAUUGACUUAAACCUAUUCAAAAUAUAUGGUUUAUUCUCCGCAAAACUGCUUAUUUGAAUAUUAAAAAUGAAAAAAAAUCAGCUUAUCUCGUUUCAAACGAUAAAGUGGAUGUACUCAUUCUUGAGAUGAGAUCUUGAGAUUUCGUUGUUCGAAAUAUAAGUCCAGUUUUAUGCUAAAAAUCGACUGUUUUUUUUUGUUACGGCGGAGACAUCCACGGAGGUUACAAAUAGCUACUUUAAUCAACUACGUUUGAAAAAUAAAUGAACAAAAUUUUGCGUGCAACCCAAAAGUCGAUUAUAAAAAACCAGCCUUUUGACGGAGCGAUUAAAAAGAAUGAUCCUAGCUCGAGAUUUCCAUGUUCAUGAAAGUCGCAGUUUUAUGAAAACACGUGAAUUUUUUUUAGAACAUUUUUUAGGGCCCUAUGAUAUACUUAAAAUUUACUUCGGGUGUAUUGAACGUGGUAUGAUAUUUAUAAUAAGCUCAGGUGCUUAUGAAGAUAUGCAUAGCAUAUGAAAAGAGAUUUGAUUUUGAGAUCAAGAUAUCUUACGGAGGUGACGUUUUGCACACAUAUUUCGAUGGCAAACGUAACUGGCACUAAAAAAUUUUUUUGUGCAAUCAGUAAUAAUACAACCAUAUUGAACGAAUGACCAACUCAUUUUUUGUUUCUUUGCGCUAGUUUAAGAUGGCACGUGGAAACGUUAAAAACAGAUUUGUGGAGAAUUAACUGUAUAUAGUUAUGAACUAGAAAAAAUUUCCAAGAAAACUAAAAAAAAAUUCGUCUCGAUACUAUCUAAAUUAACGAAGAUAGAAUCAUUUGGAAAUUAACAAAAUUUCAAUCACAAUUGUUGUUGCGAUAAUUUUAUUGCGGAGUAUACAUAGGCUAUAUUACGUCAACCGUGAUAGUCAAAAAAUGACAUUGAAUCAAAGUAUGUAUACUCUUGAUGAGUAAAUUGAAAAAUUAAAUUCCUGAAAAUAUCAGAUCUCUAGGUCCAUCCCUCGCGGAUCUACAGGAUCUCAAAGUUAGAAUUUGAUUUUUCAAAUUUUACUCUGAUUUUCUAGGGUAAGUAUGAAAAAAUUGUUGAAAAAUGAUUUUUAAUGUAAUUUAAUGAGAUAAUCAUAUUUGUUAUCGAACAUCAUAUUCAUAAGCGUUUGCCCUAUUUAAAAGUGAAAAUAGCAUAAAGAUAAAAAAAUAAAUGUAUUUGUCUCCAUCGAUUGGGCCAAUAUUGUAAUAUGUUUAUCGAUACAUCAAAAUACAACUUUUGAUAAAGUUUGGUGAUGGUUAAAACAAUAGAAAUCAUUUGAGAGCAUAUUAAAGAUCGAAAAACAAGAAAAGAAGAGAAUGUUUUUUUACCCUUAUGAUUUUUUUUGACUAUCACGGCUGACUUGAUAUAGCCUAUAAAUACAAAAUUUUUAUACUGUUAUAAUUCAAAGAACGGGUUAGUUGUUUUAUUUUGUGUGAUUAUGAAAUAUUUAGCGUUGAAUUCCGAAAAACCUCAUUUCUAAGAACCAAAAAAUAUUAUAAACUAAUACUAUAUUGAGGUGAAGUGUAAAUCUUUAUUAUGAACCAAUACGAUUGUAUGUAUGUGUGAGUAUUUAUUUAUAGGAAUGAAAAAGAGUUAGUUGAAUAAAUCAUGAAUUAAUAAUGAAAAAUGGACGAAAGAUGAAAAGUAUAUUAUAUACUUUUAUCGGAAAUGAGGAAGAGAUCAAUAUACAAAAACUUGAGUGAGAAUUCAAUUGUAUAAAAUGAUGUU